AACUAUUAAAAUUCUAGCUAAAUAUUUAGGGUUUUAUACUCCUUCUCUUCAAAAUCCAAUUCCUUGCCCUAACCAAAAACCAGACGUUAUUCAUACAUGGGUACGCCGGAAACCUCCCGAGAACCAUGUCCCGACCGAAUUCUCGACGAUAUUGGUGGCGCGUUUGGCAUGGGAGCUGUAGGCGGUUCAGCUUUUCACUUUAUUAAAGGAACAUACAACUCUCCAUCGGGAGCGCGUCUACUCGGCGGCACACAAGCCGUGCGAAUGAACGCGCCGCGAGUUGGCGGUAGUUUCGCUGUUUGGGGGGGCUUAUUCUCUGCUUUCGACUGCACGAUGGUUUACGUUCGGCAGAAAGAAGAUCCAUGGAACUCGAUCUUCGCCGGUGCUGCUACCGGCGGGUUUCUUUCGAUGCGACAAGGGUUAGGCGCGUCGGCUAGGUCUGCGCUUUUUGGUGGAAUUUUAUUAGGGCUAAUUGAAGGAGCUGGGAUUAUGCUUAAUAAGGUUAUGAGUGCUCAACAGCAAAAUAUGCCUGUUAUUAUGGACGAUUCUGCCCCUGGUGCUGGGUUAGGGUUUCCUACCGGUAUUCCUGGUCAGCCCCAAAUGCAACCUCAAGUUGCUUUUCAAGAAGCGGCAUCAACAGAUACUGGGUCGGAGUCGGGUUCUAGUUCGGGCUGGUUUGGGGGUAUGUUUGGAGGAGGGAAGAAGGAGGAAUCUGCAGCAAGCGGCCGUGGCAAGACCGAGAUUUUGGAGAGUUUUGAUGCUCCACCUGUGCCUAGUUUUGAAUACAAGUGAAAGUACUCCUGAGUCAUUGCUCGGAGGAGCUUCUGAUAAUACAAGAUCUUCCAUUGCUCGACGGAUAGUGUUAAAGACUGGCCUCAAUGUAUCCUGGCAUGUAAUAUUCCGAAAAACAAUCCCAUGCUUCAGGUAAACUCUCUUUCUUCUCCUCUAUAUCAUGCACAUACAUAAAUACUUUCACAUCACAUGUAGAUUAGUAGCAGAUUUACUUAACCUAAUUUUGGAAUAUCAAGCUCUUGCAUAUUAAAUCGUAGGGUAUUGAAGUUAGAGAAUAAGAAUGGAUGAAAUUAAUAGAGUUUAAAUACUCAACUUAAGCAUUUACUUUCACUAGGGUGCACACUAAGGAAUAUUAUUGUUUUCAUUUACUUUAUUUUCUCGCAUUUGCAUCCUUGUCCGAAUUUUGAACACUCUGAGGUAUUUUAGGAUAAGUACACAUAUUACAGAAUUUAGUUUAUAAAAAAAUAUCACAAUUAUCUUUAUUUAAUCAUAUAAUAGUCUUGUGUAAAUUUUAUAAAUAAAGAAUUGAACUAAUAAUUAAUGAGAUAUAUAUGACAUUUAUUCACUUGAGUAAAUAUUUAACUGCCUAAUUUGAAAUAAAAAAUGUUUGAUUUGGUGGAUUCUGACAGUAUCGACCGAUUUUUGCAUGUAUACAUAAAUUUUCCUCAUUGUUAUAGCAGUUUAAAUACUGCAAAUCAAUUUGGGACGGAGUAAGUCUGACAGAGCUCCAUUGUUCAUAGGCACUCAAUUUUUUUAAUUCGAUUUACUUUUUGUUAUUGUGCAGUAACACUCGAGUCCCUGGACUCUGGGUCAUUCAUAGGUAUCUGUCUAUAGACUUGCCAUGUCUUCAAUUCUGUCUUAAUUAUUUAUUGGUGGAAAAUCUUUGGGAUACACACAGCCAGAAUCUUAAGUAGUAUAGCAGAGAGUUGGAAGGAGAUUACAAGACAGGUAUCAAGUUAGAAAUCUGUGACAGAUAAAGCUAUCUUACUAUAAUGUUUUGCUUCUGAUUUGAAUAGUUCAAUGGUAGAUCACAUGAUAUCAAAUAUAUUAUUCUUCUAGGUGAUUUAAUUAUAGAAAAUUCAACGGCAAUUAUCGUUGACUUUGCUCUAAAUUUUGUAUUGUUUCAGCAUGUUAAUUUUCUCUUACUUGAUAAACUAUUGCUAUUUAGAAUAUUGGAUCAAAAAGCUUAUUUUAUUUGGUUCCAGACUGGUUGCUAUCUUUUUUCUGUUCAAUCUAAAAUAUUGCUACCUAGAAUACUAAAUGAAUUCAUUUGCAAAUACAAUAAACCCUACUCUAGAAUUUAACCAAACAAAGGGUUUAUUCAAAGGUCUUCUCGCUGCUGUAAAACAUGUACAGGAACCCGUCAUCAUCCUUGUAGGACUCGUACACCUUAUCCAUAAGACUUGCUGUCAAUUUAUAUCCCGUGUUAGCAAGCUACCAGUUUUCUAUAGAAAUAAAAAUUCCGAUGAAUGGAAAGUCAAUUUUACCUGUUUCACAAAUACAAAUAAAGCUUUUCCAGGAGCUAAAUGUAGCCUACUGCUUAAGAUGUGGAUGAACUGCCCAAUGGACGUAGCUCGAGAAUCUCUGGUUUACAGGUUAAGGGGGAGAUUUCAUAUAAUGGUUACACGAUUGAUGAGAUUGUUCCUCAAAAAUCGUCAGUCUACACAAGUCAAUACAAGCCGCACAUACCUGAGAUGACUGUAAGGGAAACUAUUGAUUUUUCUGCUCAGUAUCAGGGUGUUGGAAGCAGAGCAGUAGAAGAGAGAAAACAGCUGGGAUCGUCCCAGAUCCUUAUGUGGACGCUUACAUGAAGGUAAAUCGCGUUUUGUGGAUGACUGAUUCUUCCACUGAUUUGAGGACAUGGUAUUUAGCGAAGAACAUAAUUUGUGCAGGCAAUUGCAGCUGAAGGACACUAGUAAAACCUCCAGACAGAUUACAUGUUGAAGUUAGUUAAGAUUGCGACAGAAGCAUCUCUUGAAGCGGUGAGAUUGAGAGACUUAUGAGCCCUUCCUUUCUUAUUUGGAUUUGGACUUACCUAUUAUUUUAGCCCAAAUCUCUCUUCAUUAUCAAUAUCAAAUUCCUAGAAGUUUUCUUAUAGCGUUUAUACCAUUCGAAUUAUAACUCAUUGGUAAUUUAUUUAUUUCUUAA